AAGACUGAGAGCCGGAAGCGGAAAUUGCCGCUCCGCUCUCGGGCCUCGAGCCCCUCCGCUCUCUCUGUUGCACUCUGCCCCUCUACGGCGGGCACGGGGGCGGGGAGGUCUCUCAAGCCUCUUCAGUACCGGGGGCGGCGCGGUCUGGGUUCUGGCGCCUCCGCUAUGGAGCCCACCGCGCCCGCACUCACCGAGGAAGACAUGGCCGAAGUAAAAAAGGAUGCUUUAGAAAAUCUGAGGGUGUAUUUAUGUGAAAAAAUCAUAGCUGAGAGACAUUUUGAUCACCUACGUGCAAAGAAAAUACUCACCAGAGAGGACACUGAAGAAAUUUCUUGCAGAACAUCAAGUAAAAAAAGAGCUGGUAAGCUGUUGGACUACUUACAGGAAAACCCAAAGGGACUUGACACUCUGGUUGAAUCUAUUCGACGAGAAAAAACACAGAGCUUCCUGAUAGAGAAGAUCACAGAUGAAGUACAAAAACUAAAGAUUGUCAAACUUGAAUAUCUGAAAGGAUUGCACCACAAUAGCUACAUGCCGCCUCCACCCGGAGCAACAAAUUGCCUAUCCAGGUUAGAUUCUAAUGAGGGCGACUUCUCUGAGAAAUUGAAAGAUGGAGAUGUCACUGGUAUUUACCACCCAGCGGGGGAGGCCAGCACGGCCUCUUUUUAUUCCAGCAACGCAUCCUUUAAUUUGCCUGUGGUAGAGGUGGGCAGAAUCGAAAACAGUGUCUUCUCUUCAACUCCCCUUCCUGGGCCUGGAGACCCCGGGGCCCCUCCUCUUCCAUUAGAAUCACAGGCAGAAGAAGAAGGGAACUCCAGUGAUAUGUUUCUUCCCUUAAGAUCACGUUCUUUUUGUCGACAAUGACACUUACCACUUCUUUAAAAAGUUAUCUCAGAAAUAUUUAAAAGGGUUUAUCAAACUUUGAGAAGUUACUGUAAAUGCUUAUUAACAAGCUACUAUAGCGUUUUUAACAUUUUGUCAUGCUGUGUAAAUGGAGUAUGUAUGCAUUUUUAGGAAACUAAGAAGCGCAUUUUGAUUAUGCUGUUUACUUUUCCUGCUUUUUCAUUGUAGGAGUUUUAGUUUGGUGGUGUUUUGUUUUUUAUAUGACUUCAAUCGAAUUUUUUCCAUGAGGGACAUUUUUUUUUUUUAUAAUGUGGCCAAUUGGGUUGAAUUUGUUAUUACUAAGGCAUUGUUUUAUUUUAGAAUGUGUUCUGGAAGUGAUCAGGCCCCACUUAAUAGUUCUCACCAACAAUUGAGACUUCUUCCAAUAGAAUUUUCAGAGGUUUUCUGGAAUUGAACCUGUUGCUCACUGAUGAAGCUUCUGCGAACCAGCAGCAGUAUAGGUUUUGCUCAAAGUGUAGUGUGUGCAAACACAAAAUCCUUCUGUAAUUCAUGUAAUGCCUCUACCUCCUAAUCUAAUCUAUUGUGCCAGAUAUGCCCAUCAAGAAUGACUUGAAUGCAUUUCUCAAGAUUCUUAUGUUCUUAGUCAGAUUUGUAUUAUUAAGACAAAAGUUUUAUAACAUCAGUCAUUAAUAUUUCAUACAGGGAUUUUAUGUUUUUAAUUUCUGUGCUUUUAACUUCUCCAGGUUAUUAUCUCAAGUGUAGAUACUCUUAGAACAAAUUAUUUUCUUAAGGAAAUUCAGUCUUAUUGAACAUUGCUUGAAAUAAGUAGAGCAUUUGCUGACAAUCUUGUCAUGUGGUCUUAUCAAUUAUUAUAAUGGAAUGUCACAUUCCUUAUUCAUUUGCUGCAUUUUAUCUCAUAUAAUUAAAUUUGUUAUUGUUUACUUAUCAAUUUGACACAUAAGAUUUUUCUUAACUAUAUUAAAUUUGCAGAAGUCAAUGGGCAGAAAUGUUGUUUUUAAGUUGAAUUUUCUUUAAGAAUCUAAAUACCUAUUUCCAUUUUUAAAGCAGUACACUAAGUUUAAUUUAUUUUCAAAUGAUUGUGAUAUGUGUACUGCUAGAAAAUAAUUGUGAAUUUGUCAACCACAAACAAAAAACCUACUAUGAUAUUUUUUCAUAAGAAUAGUUCUGAACAUUUAAUUUUUUUGUUCACUCAUAACUUGAGACAUUUUGUUGCAAGAGAAAAACUGCCAUCUUUUAAACAAUUAAUUUACAGAGUAUUUGUUUUUUAAACCUUCAAAUAAUCAAUAUUUUUCUCCUUAAA